CGAGGAUCUUAUCGUUACGCCCUUUGCACAAAUACUUGCUUCACUUCGUUCUGUUAGAAACAAUUUUUUGUCUCUUACUAACGUGCCAACAAACAAAUCACGGCGAAGCAGUGGUGCUCAUGGUAACAGUACGCAACAGUCACGGACUUUUGCACCUGGAGAAGAACCGUACAUGAAACUUGCAGUUGAGACCAUAGAGGAGCUGGAUUGGUGUCUAGAUCAAUUAGAAACUAUUCAAACUCAUCGGUCCGUAUCGGAUAUGGCGUCACUCAAGUUUAAGCGAAUGCUGAACAAAGAGCUUUCACACUUCUCGGAAUCCUCAAAGUCUGGAAAUCAAAUUUCAGAGUACAUUUGCAGCACGUUUUUAGACAAACAGCAAGAACUUGAUUUACCGUCCCUACGCAUUGAUGAUACGAUAUUUGCUAGUAAGGAUGCUCGAAUAUCUAAGAAAAAAGAUAGAGUUCAACGGAGUCCUGCUGCCAUGUCACAUAUUAGUGGUGUGAAACGGCCACUGACCCACACUAACAGCUUCACCGGUGAGCGAGUACCACUUUAUGGUGUGGAAACACCAUAUGAAGAAGAUCUUGGCAAGGUGCUCAGUGAAAUUGAUAUGUGGGGCAUAGACAUAUUUAGGAUAGGUGAAUACAGCAACAACCGACCUCUUACCUGUAUUGCUUAUACGGCUUUUCAGAGUCGAGACUUGCUCAAGCUCAUUAUGAUUCCACCAAAAACUUUUGUCAACUUUACAAUGACUCUCGAAGAUCACUAUAUCAAGGACAACCCAUUUCACAAUAGUCUUCAUGCAGCCGAUGUUACCCAGUCUACACACACUCUUCUUAAUACUCCUGCUCUAGAGUCUGUGUUCACACCCUUAGAGAUAACAGCGGCCCUUUUUGCUGCUAGUAUUCAUGAUGUUGAUCAUCCUGGUCUGACAAAUCAAUUUCUCAUUAAUUCAAGUUCAGAACUAGCUUUGAUGUAUAACGAUGAAUCUGUACUAGAAAAUCAUCAUCUGGCAGUUGCAUUUAAACUUUUACAAAAUGAAGGCUGUGACAUCUUCGUCAACUGCACAAAAAAACAGCGCCAAACAUUACGAAAAAUGGUUAUUGACAUGGUGCUGUCCACUGAUAUGUCGAAGCACAUGUCACUUCUUGCCGAUCUCAAGACUAUGGUCGAGACCAAAAAAGUCGCUGGAUCUGGUGUGUUGUUACUUGACAACUAUACAGACAGAAUUCAGGUGCUGGAGAACCUGGUGCAUUGCGCAGAUCUAUCGAACCCAACUAAGCCACUAGCACUGUACCGACGUUGGGUUGAUCUCUUAAUGGAGGAGUUUUUCCAGCAGGGUGAUCGAGAACGUGAGCAAAAUAUGGACAUAAGUCCGAUGUGUGACCGACACAAUGCCACCGUCCAGAAGUCGCAGGUUGGCUUCAUCGAUUACAUCGUCCACCCACUUUGGGAAACCUGGGCUGAUCUUGUUCAUCCAGACGCUCAAGAAAUACUGGAUACCCUUGAAGAGAACCGAGACUGGUAUCAGUCAAUGAUACCACCUUCACCACCACCUGAUUCGUUCUACAUUGGUGACCCCCAGCAGCAGGGUGAUAGGCUUCAGUUUCACGUAACACCGGAGGAAGAUGAGGAAGGGCUACUCAGUGAGCCGUCAAGACAACAACAUAGCCCUUCAAUUGAGCUAGAGACCAAUAGUCAUCUUAAUAAAGUUCAAGGCGAUGCUGGAAUGUGACUUUCAGUCAUUUGUAACAAACUUUACAAGGAAGCGUAGCAAACCUGGUAGCACGUGUGCUAGUGAUGUGCUGCUUUUGUACAUGUGUACGUGCGUGCGUGUUUGUGUGUGUGUUUAUCUUUAUCUACCCUAGUAUUCACUUUAUUACAUGUCUUUUACUUGCCAUUAUGUAGACUUCUUACAUCCUUACUAGUAUACUUAUAAUUAACGAUCCAAGGGGGGUUCGGUGGUCUUCUUUAAAUGCUAAGAGAUAAGUGGAACUUUUAACAAAAUCUAUUUAAAGUAUCAGAGAACUUUAAGGUCUCAAUAUUUUUAUCUCACUUUUUUUACUAAAGAAAAAUAAGCCUUAAUCUAUUGCUGUUCGUAAGAGAUCAUUGUAUGAAAAAGUUAGAUUUUAUUAGUAAAAGAAAUUGUGGAUAUAAAUUUUGAACCGAUUCCCGCAAGCAAAAGCUUCUCUAUAUAGAAAUUGUUAAAAGCUUCAAUGCUCUCUCACCCCAGAUUUUUAGGAAAUCAUGAAACUUCCCUUUUUUUGUACGUUGUGGAAUGAAACUUGGAACAAAAACAAAAAUAUUAUCUUUCUUAUUGACUUGAUACCAUCAGUAGGAUCAUCCCUAAUAUGAAAAAUACAGUAAUAUUACACAAAAAAGAUACUUACACAGAUAAGAAGCAUGAGGAUAAACUAAAUACUAAUUCGGCUGCUGAUUAAGUAGUUUUGUUGAAUGCAAAGCGUAGUAUGUAAUACAUCCGAUCAUACUCUCAUAAGUAUAUGCCUUGUUUAAGUGAUUAAAUUAUACAAUACAAUUAAACUAGCAAAGUACUAACGUACUUAAAAACAACAAAAUAAACAGACUUAAAGAAUAGAAAAUAUUUAAAUAUAUUGUAUUAGUGUAAAAGUAUGUGUAUGAGUGUUAUGGAUAGAACCCUGAAUGAGAUUGAGAAAAUUAUCUACGUGUCAGAGAAUGCGUUUUCCCUUACUACUUUUUUUUUAAGUAUUAUGAUCUCGGCUGGUCCGAAGAUAAUCAGCUAUGUAUAUCAAAAACAUGUGUAAAUUAUGUAUAGUUGCAUAUAUUUGUGAGAGAUUCAUAAAGAGAAAGAGAAAAAACGAUAGACAGAAAGACAAAGGGAGGAAGAGAGAGGGUUGGAGAGAAAAAUCAUUAUGAGAAACAGAUAAUAGUAAAAAAAAUAACGAGAGAAAGAGUACUGCUGUAAUAUUUGAGAAGAGUUGGUUAAGUUGGCAUAAUGAGAAACUCUUUAAAUUAAGAAGUAAUAGUCAUUGCUUGUUGAUAAAGACAAGAACAACGAUCACUUAUCAUUUUUAGCGUUGAGGACAGAGGAGAAGUAAAACUAAAUAAUGCAGUUCUCUCUCUAUACACGUAGAAGGCUUGUGAAUUAUUUUCUGAUCACACAAAUAAUCAUUAAGUUUUAUUCAGGUACUUCGCCCUUAAAAAGUAGUACAUCUAGUAGCAGCUUUAUAAAUGUAACUUUAUUUAUUAAAGUGCUUGUAGGUAAUUGUCACCUGGAGAGUUGAGAACAUCAUAAGUUUUAGGUGCUGAAAAAAUAAAAGCAGAUAACGCUAAUUAGGUUCUACAAAGUAUUACUUAAAAAGAGUGUGUUUUAUUUACUGUUAUUGACUUAUUUAAAAAAAUAAUUACUUAUCAAAUAAAAUUAAUAAGUAGUUUUUUCAAGUGCUACAAUACUUCUUAAGCUUUUUCAAUAUAUUGUAUGAGAUUGUAUUGAAUAAAACAUAAGUUAUUUUGUUAAAUCAUCAAAAACCAUCAAUACGGUAAGGAGCUACUUUUAUAAUACACUUAUUUUUACACAA